GUCCUGGUCCUACCGUGCUGGCUGCGUGUCCCUGCCCAUGGCCUCAGCAGGAUGGAGCCAUCAGAGAAGCAGCAUGAGGAUGCAGUGGCUUUUAUGCUGCAGGAUAAAAAGUGCCCCCUGAAGAAGAACGGUGUCACGGGCUGGAUUCUGAGGAACAUCCAGAAGACCUUCCAGAGGCCUACCUCCCUGCAGCUCUCUUCUCCCAUGGCUUUUUCUCAGUGUUGCACAGCCUCUUGUCCAAACCUGAUAGUAAAUGAGGCCCAUGAAGAGAAGCAUGGGGAUUUAGUGCCUGUUGCCCUUCAUCAUGGUGGGACUCACUGCUCCUUAUUGCCAGCAUCAGCAGAAGAUGGCUGCUCCAACAACACAGCACUCCGGGGCUGGUGGAGCACUCUGCAGGUCCAGAUGGCAUCCUGUUCCUGUGCCCUCAGACCCAGUCUCACAUCUCCUUCUCCUCUGCCUUGUUCAGCAGGCUCUCCUUCCAAGGUCAAGCUCUCCAGCCUCUUCUCCCUCUUCUCACCACCAUCACGGAUCUCUGAGCCUGAUUACAGCUCUCUGCCUUGUGCUGGCUCCAAGAAAUCUAGCAGAGGGAGCUGGAAGAAGAGCUCUCAUUGUGAAGAGCCCCCUGGUCCCAAAUCAGAAGAAUCUGCACAUUUCCCCUUCACAGGACCCAUAAUUGCUCGGAUAACUGACUACAUCUACCUGGGGAACCUCAAUGCAGCCUACAGUGGCCGGGCGCUGUGCACAAAUGGCAUCAACAGCAUCAUUGACAUGAGCAGCCUGCCCAGUGACCACAGCCUGAGUAUCAUCCCCUGCACCUGUGGGAGGGGAGGAUUCAGGCACAACUGGUCACGCCUCAGGGUUGACAUCCAGGCUUUCCUGCAUGGAAAUCUUCAUGAAAUAAGGCAGCCAUGCUUCCUGGUCAUCAACGAGUGCAUCGAAGCCUUGAUGAAGAAAGGGAAGCGUGUUCUCAUUCACUGCAGGGAUGGUUACUCCUUAGGCCCUACCUGUGUCAUCCAAUACCUGAUGGUCAAGCACAGCAUGAGGCUGCUAGCAGCCUAUGAACUUGUGAGGGCACGGUACCCACUGAAAAUCCAAGAGUGCCAUCAGGACCUACUGGUGGGUUUGGAGAUGUCCCUGCAGCCUGGCAGUGUCAACGUAGCAUGCUUGAAGCACUCCCUGUCAAGGAAGAUGGCAUGGAGCUAAGCAGGCAUAGUGGCUGAAGAAGAAAAGCCAAAAGGAAAAUAGCCUUAACAACAUCUCAUUGGUAAAUGAGAUGACUGUCAGUGUGGGGUCUGUAGGACAGUGCUGACAAGAUGCAUAUGUGAUGGCCUUUCUUUGCAGCAGUUCUUAAAGGCUGGUACUGGCAGAAGUACAGCAUGGUGAGCUCUUAGGGACACACUAGAGGGAGAGAGAGAAAGACUCAUUUAAGCAGAGGCUGAAGGUUUUUCAGUCCUAAUGUAAGGAAAUCCCCUGUGCUUCAGGAUGAAGAAAACUUUUCUCGGGAACUUUUCUUCCUAAGGGUGCAAGUACAUGUCAGCUCCAUGUCAGGGGGUUAGAACUGCACGAUCUUUUAAGGUCCUUAACCCAAGCCAUUUUAAAAUUCUAUGUGCCUAGUCUCAUAUUUUUUCCGGGAAAGAGGAGCCAGCCACUGGAUUACUCACUUGUUCUGUCUGAGCUUUUACUGUGAGCACAGUUGCUGUUGGGCUGCUGGACUUGUUUUUUUUUCUUUUUUUCCAACAGUAUCUUCCAUGGAAAUUAGAUGUACACAUCUGGUGUCAUGUUGGACUAGUCACUGCAUAGUCCCUGUCCACUUGGUGCUAGUAGGAUGCUGAAGGGAAGAAAAUCAGUGUAAAGGUAGGGAGAUGGCUACGAGGGGCAACUUGUAUGGAUCCAUGAGCCCAGUGCUUCCAUCAUGUGGUGGUUCUCUGGAGGAACCUGGUCCAGAAGUGUCACACUUGAGUGUCUCUACAGCACAGUGCAGAACCUCCUGUAAGUGCGAACCUUUGUUUCUGAGCAGCUUUGCAGUCUGGUGGAAGUGCUCUGAGAUUGGUGGCUCGUGUCCCUGGUGCAUUGCUCUAGCAUGAGGGGAGGGGGAGCAAGGGAUGGAGGCUUGUCAUCUACUCCAUGGGAAAGGUACCCAAACUGUGUCCACUCUUGGUUCCCAUGCAGUGCUCGUGUUCAUGUUUUGUGUUCACAGAGCUAAGACAGCUGACUGCUCACAGUCUUCCCUGAAGGACUUGCCUGAAGCUUGCUUAUGCUCUCCUUGGGUUUUUCUGCAAGGAACUCGUUCAUUUGUCACUCAAGCACUUGCAUUACUUCACUUGGAAACCCGUUUCUCUUCAUGUUAACUAUUGCUUUGUGUUUUUUUAUUUAUUUUUUCUUCCUGCUGCCUUCUUCCUCAUUCUAGAUCUGGGGCCCCUUUCUUUUUUUGGAGGACUGCUGCCCUGUGGUUUAACCUCUUUGCAAGGCAGCUCUGAGGAAAUCUCUUCACAGACUGAGUGAUUCAGCCUUUCACUCACCCUAUUACCACAUCUCACCUUCUAGGACUCCUGUGUCUUACAGACAAAUCUGUUAACCAACAUUUGGUUCAUGGGACUUUUCUUUGUGUUCCUUCAACCCACUCUCUGCACUGACCUGAAGCAAUGAAGUGAAAGGAGAGCUGCUAUCUGGAGGACUCAGUGGGACAGCAGUGCAUGUAGUUCUGUAGAGAGCUGGGGAAAAUGACUGGAUAAUCUUUGGAAAGGGUAAUAAACAGUUGAUUUAACUUUAGAGCCAAAUGUGGCCUAUGGAUUUGGUACUGAAAGAGAAGUGGCUGAAUUUCUCCUCAGUGGGUGAAUGCUGUUCCUGGCUGCUGAAGGUGGCUGCUGUCUGUUUCUGAAUGUACUUUAGUCUAUUUUUCUGAGAAACUGGCUUGAACUGGGAGAGGCAGGCAACUUAAGAGGAUCUGCAGGGUGAUACCUCUCAUCUACAAGCCAUGAAGUGAAACCAAGAGUCCUGAUGUAGCGGGGUUGUGGUGAUUUCACUACCCAAACCAUCUAGCUCGCAACAUUUCAGCGUGGCUAAUCCUGAGCAGACCCAGCCUUGACCAAACAGGACACCAGUCCCAUCUCGAGCUCUUAGUCUUCUUUUACAGUAUCUGCUGUGCUGUGUGCAUGAUGCUACAGGAAGUCUGCAGCAGCAUGUUUGCUGCUAUC